CCCCCCCCCCCCCAAAACCCAACAAGAGGGAAUUGACCUUCCCCUCACCAGGUACCAGCAAUGGCGCAAACCCACGCCGCGGCCGCCCCCAAGAAACGGCGCCGCGAGCCAUUCAACGUCGAUACCAAGCUCGUAGAGAUCUACGAGGACCUGGCGAGCGAAAAUGACGAAAUCAGACUAAAGGCCGCGCAGGCGCUAGUGUCGCAGUUUACGCCGGACAAGGAGCCGACUGAUGAGCUCGUUAAGCGCGCAUUGCAGCGGCUUUUCCGCGGGCUCUGCAGUAGUCGGAAAGCCGCGAGGAUUGGGUUUUCGAUUGCCUUGACGGAGAUCCUGUCGCAGGUUUUUACGGCCGGGGAUGCUUCUUCGCCUUCGUCUUCGUCAGAGGGUCUUGGUGUCGCUGGUGUGAUGGAUAUUUGGGAGUCCGUGUCUAAUGCUUCGGGGAGUGAGUCGGGACAGGAACAACGAGAUCAUCAUUUUGGACGGCUCUUUGGAGCAGAGGCCAUCAUCAAGUCGUCGAUCUUGUUCAAUCCCAAGAACCUUUUCUCGGAGUGGACGAGGCUUCUUGAUUUGGUCUUUGACUUGGCGAAGAAGAAGCCCUGGAUCCGCGAAGAAUGCGGCUGGAUUAUUUACCGCUGCGUCUAUGAUUUUUCCUCUCAGGGUGCUGAUGCGAAGUUCCUCGAGGCCGCGCUGGACCGUCUCUGCUCGAAGGACUUGGCGCGAACCCCAGAGGGCGUUGCGAUUUGGUUGGCGGCCAAGGAACGGUUUCCGAAGAUCACCUUCCCCAGUAAGGUUUGGAAGCAUGAGGAUCCGCUCGAUGCAAAAGAAAGAAACCAGCUGGCAAAGGUUAUGAAGGAGUCCUCCAGCGGCGAAUCCGAAGAUAAAGGCCCAGGUAGCGGCGCGAAACAGUCUGGCGUGUGGAACUCCAAACUUCAUUUUGCUUGGGAUGCUGUGCUCAACAGCCUUGGUGCACUGGUGAAGGAGCCAUCGAAAUCCCGCCUUAGUUUCGUGGAUUUCUGGACUGAAGUUGUUGAUAAUGGUCUCUUUGCCUCUGCUUCGUCGGACGAACGGAAAUACUGGGGCUUCCUCCUCUUUAUCAAGGUUCUUAAUGAGAGCAGCCUGCAGCUAGCUUCUCUUGUGUUUACGAAAAACCUGGUCCGGUGUCUUACGAACCAGCUGGCCGUUGAGGAUAGAUACCUGCACCGCAUGGCCGUCAAAGCUGCCAAGUCUAUUCAAGCCCGCGUCUCGAAGGACCCAGAAUUCGCAGCCGCCUCUGUCAAAGGCCUGAUGGGCUCCGCCGGCUCGGUGAACUUUGAUCAAGUUACCAAGACAAAGACGGUGGAGAAGAUUGUUGCCGAGGCGAACCUGGCCGCACUGAACCAGAUUCUGCCUUUAUUCGAGAAACUAAUGGCAUCACCUGGUACUGAUGAUAGCAAGGCUGCUGCUGCAAACCGCCAGUUCCUGGCCGGGCUGCUGCUUUCGAUUGUGAGGAAUAGAGUGUCUUCGGAAGAGGACUCCGAGGCUGCACUUGAGCGGAUCCUGUUCAUCUUUGUUAGAUUCGCCUAUUUUACGAGUGAGGAUGAGACGGCGCAACCGGCUUUGACACAGCAGACUCAGGAACUCCUCAGAAGCAGGAUUAACUCCAGUCUCAACAGUCUUGUGGCGGCUCAGAAAUAUGCCGGCACGCUUCCCUAUGCGGUUGUCCGUAAGAUCCGGGACGCGGCCAAGUCGGAAGAGUUUGGAAAGUUCAUCAUUAACAUGGACGACACUCUUCGGGAUUCUGUCAAGGGGGCCUUCAAGUCUCUGAAGAAGUUAUCUAGCAUGGAGAAAAAGACCGACGCAGGAGUGGACGCUUUUAAACUACUCUACUCUAUGACAAUUCUCCAGGUCUACAACGGCGAUGCCGAUGCCGUGUCUAUGCUGGAUGAGCUUGACUUUUGCUAUUCCAAGAUCUUUGGCGACAAGAAGUCGAAGAAGGAGGAGACCUCUGAGGCAUCUGAUGCACUAGUCGAGAUUCUUCUCAGCUUUGCCUCGAAGCCUUCGCAGCUCUUCCGUCGUAUGAGCGAGCAAGUGUUUACUGCUUUCGCGCCUAGUGUGACCGAGACCGGCUUGGAAUCUUUAGUUUCUAUUCUGGAAGCCAAAGAAAGCCUUGCGGGCCAGCAAGAAAUGUUUGACCAAGAGGAGGACGACGAUGAAGACAUGAUCGACGUGGAUGAAGACGACAGCGACGUGGAAGUUAUCGACGCAGAAGGCUCAGGACAAGAGAGCGCCGAUGAGGAAGCCUCUGGCUCGGAGGAAGAAGGGGACGACGAAGACGAAGAUGACGCCGAAAUUGCCGCCUUCGAGGCUAAGCUCGCAGAAGCCCUUGGCACGCACCGCGCAGACCAAGACCUCAAGGAAGACUCGGAGGGUUCUGACGCCGACAUGAACGACGACGAGAUGGAAGAGCUCGACGGCCAACUGAUCAAGGUCUUCCGCGCGCGGCGCGACGCUCUCAGCCAGAAGAAAGACAAGAAAGAUGCCAAAGAAAACAUGGUGAAUUUCAAGAACCGCGUGCUGGAUCUCCUCGAGAUCUAUGUGAAGAAAUGCCACUCGAAGCUUCUUGCGCUGGAUCUGCUCUUGCCUCUGUUGCGCCUUACGCGUCGGUCCACCGUGAAGCAGAUCUCGAACAAGGCCAACUCGGUGCUGCGCGAGUACACGAAACUCUGCAAGGGGUCUGCGCUGCCGGCGCUGGAGUCCGCCGAGCCGGUGUGGGAUUUGUUGAAGUCGAUCCACACCGAGGCUACGCAUAGCGGGCCGCCUGCUCAUGCCUCUGCCUGUAGCCAGGCCAGUCUGCUGGUCGUGAAGGCGCUGACGGCGCAGGAUAAAGAGGCGAUCUCGGGGGUUGUGGAUGUGUACGGGGCCACGCGGAAGGAGCAGCUCCUGAGCAAAAAGUGCCAUGUGCAGCCGUCUUUCUUUACGGAUUGGAACAACUGGUGUGUUUCUGCUAGCAAGCAGAUGAAGAACUGAUAUAGAGCAUCUCGACAUAUCCAGACGCGAACUCGGCGCUAUUAACAAGUAAUCAUCAGUUCUAUGUAUUAGUUAAAGCUUAUCACAGCUAUCCCAUAAAUAUACAGUUCUAUAAAUAUAUAUAUAUAUAU